AUGUCCGAAGACAGCGCCGACCUGGUCUCGUCACCCUCGUCGCUCCACUCGUCAUUCCCUUUCCCCUCGUCAUAUCAGAGACGUCCCUCCCGCCGCUUGUCCAAUGACAGCACUCUGUCCAUCAACUCAAUAGGCGGUGCUCUGGACAUCACUCCCGCGAGAGCAGACAAGUCCCUGAGGGAAGCCGGCCAGAAUGGUGCGCAUCCGCCACAACAUCUUCUUAGGGAUCCUCUAAACAUGCUACANGCCAUCUCGACCCUGCUGCAGCCCCCCAUAGUCCGCACCGGCCUCCUGACCCCAGCUGCUUCGGCCUCCUCGACUUAUCGUGCCCCGACCACACGCGAUAUCCCUCCAGUCACUCUGACCAACAUACCCAAGGUCGAUCCGAACGCCUUCAAGGACUACAUCUCUCGUGUCGGUCCCCUGUUCGACAACCUCUCUCGUCUGCGUCGCGAUACCCAACCCAAGCCACAGAACGAUGCCCCAACCAGCCCUGUCCUCGGCCGCCAUAACUCGACCACCUCCCUCCUCUCUCCCACCCAUUCUCCUCAGCCGCGACGUCGAUCUAGCGCUUACGCCCGCCGUAGUAGGAACGAGCCCACUCCCUUAUCCACCAUUCCAAAUGUCUACUUUGACGACAACUUUCAGCUCGAGAACCCAAGAACCUUUGACGUAGUCAGCGAGCGCGCCGAAAUUGCUCCUGGCACCGCAAAACAGGAGCAAUCUGCCAAUGGCGCUCCUCUACCGCCGCGAAAAGCCCUGGCCAGCAACGCCAUUCUACAAGAGAAACUGUCCUGGUACAUGGAUACUGUCGAGGUUCAUCUUAUCCAGUCCAUCUCCUCCGCCUCGACUUCCUUCUUCGCCGCCCUGGGUUCUUUGCGCGACCUGGAGCAAGAGGCCUCCGACUCCAUUAGCAGGAUUCAGAAGUUGAGAGCCGAUCUAGCCAAGCUGGAUCAGGACAUGGCCAUGGGUGGUCUAGAGGUCGCCAGUCUGCGGACGAGAUACCAGAACAUGCAAAAGCUUGCCAACGCCGUCGAUCAGGUUGCCCGUGUGGUGCAGGACGCGAAGAAUUGUGAAGAGUUGGUCGAGAAAGGAGAAUACGACGCUGCUGCCGGCGCAAUGUUGCGCCUCGAUCGCUUAAUCGCUGGACAAGCUGAACCAUCGUCAGAAACAUCGCCUACAGAACUACACGAUUUGCGAUCCCUUCAUGCUCUGCAAGGUCUGUCCGAUUCCAUGAACCAGCUGCGCUUCCGCAUUGGCAGAGGCUUCGAAUCCCGUUUUCUCGAAACACUACUUUCCGAUCUACGAAGGCAUAUCGAUCACGUUCCGCCCAAAGACACUAUGCGUCGCUGGGCGAGUACAUCAAUGCGCUUACGAGGCCUGCAGACUGGUCCAACAGCUUACAUGGAGAUUGACGACCAAUUCCGGAAAGACUUGCUCGCUUCAUUACAUGGUCUGAGCAACUCGGGUCAGACUGCACAAGCGACAGCCGAUUUCAGGGAGGCUAUAAUGAAAGAGAUGAAGCACUUGAUUCGCAAGCACCUCCCUAGCUCCAACGACGACGACAACGAGUCUGUCACAUCGGUUGCUACACGCACCAGUAAGGCUGCGAGCCAACAGGAGAAAUCUAUCAUGCUGGCCAGGAACCUGCGUGCCAUGGACGAGGAGUCUGCCGAGGACAUGGUCGUCAAUAUCUACACCGACAUCAGUGAAGCUUUGCGACGUCUGAGCAUGCAAAUCAAGGUACUGCUCGAUGUGACUAGUACCAUGGAUGCUCCAGAUUCAUUAAAAUCCCCGAUGAGCCCUAGUAUAAGGUCAGCCGACCGAUCUAGAAGCCCAGCACCUAGAGUGAGCGGCAUACAAGAAGAGUUGAGUCAGGCUCUAGACAUGUCGAGUCUAUUGGGCCAGGCAGUGGACGUAGCGCACACCCAAAUUACGCGCAUUCUCAAAGUACGCACCGAACAGGUAAACCAACUACCACUGGAACGUUUCCUCCGCUACUUUACUAUCAAUCGCCUAUUUGCCGAUGAAUGCGAGGCUAUCUCUGGUCGCUCCGGCACACAGCUGAAGGCUCUGGUCAACACUCAGAUCAACACUUUUGUGCGGGCCUUUGGCGAUGCUGAGAACCAGCGUAUCGCCCAGACUUUGGACUCCGACCAAUGGGAAGCUAAGGAUUUCAAGGAGGUGGACCAGGUGUUGCUCUCACGCAUUCUGGAAGGCAUGUCCACGGAUCCAGCCAUCUGGCUAGAGGGCACGCGCGUGUGGGAAGAUCCAUCGCAAUCUGAAUCCGCGAAUGGUACCUCUUCAUACAACGGCGAAAGCAGCGACGCCAAACCUGCGAACCGUCCUGCGUAUAUCGACGAGACGCGCUACAUUCUGGUCUCGUCUGCCAUUGCCUUACUUCGUCCCAUUGACAAUUUCCUUGCAUUGAUGACCAGCAUACCUUCAAUAACUUCCGCCGCUGUACCUGCUUUGAUCGAUGUCCUCCGAACUUUCAACUCGCGUACGUCACAGCUCAUCCUAGGCGCUGGUGCCACACGGAUCGCUGGUCUGAAAAAUAUCACCACCAAGCAUUUGGCCCUCGCCUCGCAAGCGCUCAGCUUCGUUAUUGCCAUGUCACCGUACCUCCGCGAAGCAGUUCGCCGACAUGCAAGCUCAGCCAACAAAGGCGAAGUGCUCGGAGAGUUUGACAAGCUGAAACGACUGUAUCAAGAUCAUCAGAUGGCUAUUCACGACAAGCUUGUCGAGAUUAUGAUGGCAAGGGCAACAUCACACGUUAACUCGAUGAAGAAACUCGACUUUGAUGCCGAAGCGAAGAAGAAUGCAGAGGGCACGAGCGCAUACAUGGAGACGUUGACCAAGGAAACAGGCACAUUACACCGUGUGCUGAGCAGGCAUCUGGCAGAAAUGGAUGUAACAGUCAUCCUGAGUCAGAUCUUUGCCAGCUACAAGGAGCAAUGGCUCAAGGCUUUCCAGGGAGUGGAAAUCAAGACGUCUGCUGGCAAACAGAGGCUUCUGAAAGAUGCACAGCUGUUCGACUCGAAGCUGAGCAAAAUCGAUGUAUUUGGCGACAUGGGCAAGAUUCUCAUCGAUGCUGUCGGCGCCAAGACAGUGGUCCAGGAGAAACAAGAUCUUCCACCGCCUCCACCACCUCAGGCCAAAGACGUUGCGAACGAGAAGCCGUUACCAGCAGCGCCUGCAACUGCUGAUAAAGACAGCCAAGAGAACGAGAAGGCAACGGCUGCUGAUCAGGAGAAAGAGGAGGUGAAAAGUUAG